AGCACAGCCAAUCGUUUCGUCUUGCCUCCAAGGUGCAGUCUUGUGUUUUAAUAUAGGGACUCGUAUUAAAGGGCCAUUUCAACACACAAUACAACCAUAAUAUUACUUUACGUAUUUUCAUCGGUUUAUUCGGGGAGCAUGACUUGCUAAAUAUCUUUUCGCACAAUCGGAAAUUCAUUUAAUUUAAUAAUAUCUCAAGAAUUCGAGUUGGGCAUCAGCGCGCCGCCUCGAAACGUAGGAUCUCUACCCGUCUCUACGAUGAACAGAUCAGAUAGCCCGCUGUCAGUAAAACUGUGUUUUUGUUGAUGACAUCUUCGGCCGCGCUGGAGCGACCUACAAUUUAUUAGCAUUUCAUGGACAUUUGAUUCAUCAUCCUGUUUGGAUUUAAACAGAAUUCCAACAAUGGGGAGGCUGCGGUGCUGCCUCUUAGUUUUUUUGUUACCCGUGGUGUUUUGUGUAGAUUUUCGAGAGGGAUCUAGACAGUCAUCUCGUUCACUAUCGUUUUUUGCGAAGAGUUCCCAACUGGGACAGCACCACAUUGCAAGAAGAUCACUUGGACACAAAGUUAACAAGAGGAGCACCGAUCAAGGAGGAGACACCUGUAAUGCUCUUCAGGGUUAUCAGAGCAAGUUAGCCGACAACACUCAUAGCUAUUCCUUCAACGAUCUGAGUGGAUCUGUGUCCCUCGCAUGGGUUGGCGAUGGAACUGGAGUAGUUCUGGCUCUCACAACAUUUCAGGUUCCAUUAUUCAUGCUAAGGUUUGGUCAGUCCAAACUCUACAGAAGUGAGAACUAUGGGAAAUCCUUCCAGGAUGUAACAGAACUCAUCAACAACACCUUCAUUAAAACAGAGUUUGGCAUUGCUAUUGGUCCUGAAAAUUGUGGCAAGGUGAUUCUCACUGGGGAUGUGACGGGAAAUUCAGGGUCAAGGAUUUUCCUUUCAACAAACUCUGGCAACAGUUUCAACCAUGUGGACCUACCCUUCCAUCCCAUGGUGCAGAUCAUGUACAACCCGCAUGAGCCCAAAGUUCUAGUUGUCAUAAGCAAUAAGCAUGACCUGUGGUUGUCAGAGAACUUCGGUUCAGACUGGAGGAUGAUCCAUUCAACUGUCUGUUUAGUGAAAUGGGGGAUGGACAAUACCCUGUUCUUCACCACCAAUCUCAAUGGAUCUUGCUUUGACCGAGGAAUGCUUGUGCUGAGAAAGACGUCCGAUUAUGGUAAAACCAGUAAGACAAUUGGUGAGAAGAUCUACUCCUUUGGAAUUGGUGGACGCUUCCUCUUUGCCUCUGUCAUGACUAGAACUGUCCAACAAGGCAACAUGCGAAUGAUUCACGUGUCAGUAGACCAGGGAGACGUGUGGAAUAUAGCCCAGCUUCCUGCUGUGGGCCAUGAGCAGUUCUACUCUAUACUGGCAGCAAACAACGACAUGGUGUUCAUGCAUGUGGAUGACCCGGGUGACACAGGCUACGGCACUAUCUAUGUGUCGGACAAUCGUGGCACGGUGUACUCCGAGUCACUAGAGCGCCACCUGUACACCACCACAGGGGGCGAGACCGACUUCACCAACGUCACCUCCCUCCGCGGAGUCUUCAUCACCAGUAUUCUGGCUGAGGAUGGCUCAGUGCAAAGUGUCAUGUCCUUUGACCAGGGAGGAGAGUGGGUUCCCAUUCAGAAACCUCUAAACAGCCAGUGUGACUCCACUGCUGCAGACAAGGAGAAGUGCAGUCUACACAUCCAUGCGUCAUACAGCACCUCCAUGAAGGUGAACGUGCCCAUGCUGCCCCUCAGUGAGCCCAACGCAGUGGGACUCAUUCUGGCCCAUGGCAGUGUGGGCGACGCCAUCUCGGUGAUGACGCCAGAUGUGUAUGUGUCGGAUGACGGCGGAUACUCGUGGCAGAAGGCACUUAGUGGCCCUCACCACUAUGCCAUCCUGGACUCUGGGGGCCUGCUGGUGGCUGUGGAGCAGAGCAACGAGGCCAUCUCCGCCAUCAAGUUCUCGACUGACGAAGGUCAGUGCUGGCAUGUGUACAACUUCACCAAUGACCCGAUUUUCUUCACCGGGUUGGCAUCGGAGCCGGGAGCACGCUCCAUGAACGUCAGUAUCUGGGGUUACAGGGACUCCUUCCUCAGCCAGUACUGGGUGUCCAUCACCAUUGACUUCCGGGAGCUUCUCACACGGGACUGUCAGGAUGAUGACUAUGUGCAGUGGCUGGCUCACUCUGAUGACAUCAGUGAUCCCAAGGAUGGAUGCAUGCUGGGGUACAAGGAGAAGUUCCUGAGGCUGCGAAAAGACUCCGUGUGCUGGAAUGGCAGGGACUACACAGUCAACAAACAGCAUACACCCUGUUCCUGCACUCUGGACGACUUCCUUUGUGACUUUGGCUACUACCGUGCAGAAAAUAGCUCGGAGUGCCUGGAGCAACCCGACCUCAAGGGCCAUGUGCUGGAGUUCUGCCUCUACGGCAAGAAGGAACAGCUGCAGACCAAUGGCUACCGGAAAAUCCCAGGUGAUAAGUGCGAGGGGGGAGUACAGCCUGUACGUAAGGAGAUUGACCUGAGCAGGAAGUGUGUCAGUAACCUCAUAGACCCAGAGCUGCUGAAGGACAGCCAACCUUCCAGCUCCGCUCCCAUCAUUGCCACUGUUAUUGUCAUUCUGGUGAUCAGCAUUGCUGCCGGAGUUCUCUUUGUGAAGAAGUAUGUCUGCGGAGGAAGGUUCCUGGUACACAGGUACUCUGUCCUGCAGCACAAUGCAGAGGUCAAUGGCAUUGAGGGUGUGGAUGAACCACUGGACACCAAUGUAGCGGCGCCUGCCAAGAUUGAGUUCCAUGAUGACUCGGAUGAGGACCUUUUGGAAUGAGAAGGAGAUCUCUGUUUGCAGCAGGAAUCAGAGAGACGCUUGGUGUCUCAUCUUAUCACAGCGCAAGGCUCCUUUCUCCUCCUCAAGCACACUGUCAUUUCCUGCAGAUCUAGCCUUCACCCACUCUCUUCCCCCACUUCCUGCUUUUGUGCUGAUGGGAAGGAUGCCUCCAUUUGCACGGCGCUCAACAAGACGGUAUUCAUGUGAAACGUAUAGUGGCAGGUGUAGUUACUCUAGGCUGAGCAACAGGAGCCUCUUUCAGUGGUUAGCGUUCAGCUCGCAAAGUCUUACCUGGUGCUGGGGUUUUUUCAGCUAUCUUUAUUUACCUUUUGGAAGGCCGUCGUAAGGAAAGGAAAUUUGGAAUGCAAAGUAAUUUGGUUUGGCAAAUUGUUAGGUACUUUUAAGGAUUCUUUACACAGAAAAAAAAUUGUUCAUUGGUGCAGUUAUGCUAACAUGUCAAAUGCAGUCUUUCUUUUUACCUUCUUAACCACCUCAAAAGUAGAUUUCUAUAGGGGUCCUUACAUUUUUACUUUCUUGCAAUCCACCAGUAAUAUGGAAAAAUGCUGGAAAUGUAACAUUGAUUCCUCCUCUGUGGACUGAUUUAAAUAUUUUUUUAGAGGUUUCUUUAUUUUGGUUUGAUAUUUAUUUUGGAUUAACAUUGGGGAACUUCCAACUUCUUACCUAACUACUAAAAUAAGUGUUUAGAUGGCCAUAUUCCUAAUGUAAUAAGCAAUAAAGUGCUUAGAUACAGUGUAUCAGCAAAGCAAGCUUACCAAGCUGGAUUUGGUCAGUUUUGUCAAAAGACAUAGCUGGAAAUAAUUUGAUACUGUGUGUGGCUGCACAAGUUUAUGUAGUACCGUUUAAGGAGAGCAUGUUAAAAGGGUUUGGGCUGGAAUUUAGGCAUUUAACUGGAUUGGGCCUCAUUUUGUAAAACACAAUCUUAUCUUCUACAAGAGAGAAUACAUGUAAAGGAAACCAAUAUAAAGGAAUAUGAUGCAUUUAUAUUUGAUUGAUAGGCUGUGUUUAUAUUCAUGCAGAGGUGGGACUUUUUUUGUAGAGGGCAUCGUUGUCUCAAAUGCUAACCAAGCAUUCUCAUUAACAGCAAUUUUGCACCAUAAUGGUUGAUAAGACAGCACAAUAGCUAUAUAUGUUUGGAGUCAAGUCAGCCAUUUCUCACACUUUGUUUCUUUUUCCUUGACUUUACCCCUCCCCCAUCCCCCCAUUUAUACAAUUUCACCUUCCUUCCAUGAAAAAUGAUUUCCAUGAAUUCUGAUGUAUCUUUUGAAGCUCCUGCUAUGUUUUGAUAUAGUUUAGUACACUGUAUCCUCCAAUUGAUUUAGAGACUAAAUGUUAGAAGUCUUCCCUCAAAUUUAAAAUUGAUCUUCCCAUGGGUAGUCCCUCUUUUUUUUUUAAAUCGGUUGCAAUGGAAUCAAACGCAUAAAUGCUCAUUUAGAUUGAUUGAUGUGACUCAGAUACUCCAGUAGACUAUUUCCCCCGUCAGCGCUCAUUGAUGUAUGUUAAGACCUCCAGCGCAAAAGGCUCUGCCUCCACUUCACAGGUUAAUACUGCAGAUCAUAAAGAUGUUCUUGAAGAGGGAAUGCCCACUGCAAAGUACACUACUGUCUGGAUGUGUUCAAACAAGUGCCUAACAUGGAGGUAUGGUUUGUGCCUUCACAAGUGGUGUAAAGCUAAUGUUAAAUAAUUGAUCAUGGGUAUCAGGUCUGUGUGCCCAUCCCUUGUAUUUAGUUUCCGACGGAACUUGUCUUGUCUGUCACACAUACGGUAGAGGGCUUUGCCUUUGAAGCAAAGACCAGUAUCUCAUUUGGUCCGCCCCACCUGAGUUUCCUUGUAAAUAUUGGCCAACCCCAAAGUCGUAUGACUACUGCAAUUUUAAACAGUUACCUGAGAACUGGGCUUGGCUCUGCAACCCGAAGAAGCAAUGGUCAUGUCAUCAAAGAUGGCUUCUCGCCUGUCUUUUUAAAAGCAAUAUUUACGCAUUUGGCAUUUACCCAGUUUGUACCAAUGGCAGCCUAGGGAUAUCAUGAGAUGAACAUAAGCUGAUCAAGUUGUAGCUCCACGGUUUCUUAGUGACAAACCAGUUUUAUUUUCCCCUUAUUUGCACAAUAGGUCUGGUUGAAAUGAUUGCUGUUGAUGUGUUGGAUUAAAGGGUACACAUACAAGAUGCUCCUAAUUUAACUAGAUUGCGAGGUGUGGAUGUUGUCUUGCGGUUUUGAAUCAAUGUACAUAGCAUUCAAUGUGACAGCUCUGUAAAUAUUCAGCUGCUCCAACUUUGUAUCAGCUGCUCUUGUUCUGUAUAUUGGAAAGAAUUUGCUUUGGUUUGAAGAAAAAAAUAAAUUAAAUGUGUCCCGUU